UGCCUGCAAUCAGUGUGGAUUUAGCCCUCCCGGGUUGAUGUUUGCAGUCCUGCUUAUACAGUCGGCACAUAUUGAAGAAUUUCUACUGGCUCUGCUUCUUUGCCUAUGGGAUAAGAAGCCAGAAGCUUUUUUUUGCAGCCCAUUAUUUCUAUUCGCCCGUCUUAUCGUCCAGUCGUCCCCGAUCAUGGGCGAAAUUCCCAGUUUACUGAAAAUUGCCGUCUCUCUGAAAAUCCAACCCGGUGACGGCCCGGUGUAUUUCAAAGUCGAUGGCCAGCGAUUCGGACAGAACCGGACCAUCAAACUGCUCACAGGAGCGAAGUACAAGGUCACCGUCGUGCUGAAGCCGGGGGUAGUGUCAGCGAAGUCCAUGAUGAUCGGUGUAGUGCCUAUCACCCUGGAAGAGAAAUCGAGGGACCCGCAAGUGGUGGAUUACACCGGCGUCUAUGACACUGAAGGAGUGGCUCACACCAAAAGCGGGGAGCGCCAGCCCCUGCAAGUCAAUAUCCAGUUCGACAACAUUGGCACCUUUGAGACAGUGUGGCAAGUGAAGUUCUACAAUUAUCACAAGCGCGAUCACUGCCAAUGGGGAAACAGCUUUGGCAGCAUCGAGUACGAAUGCAAACCCAAUGAGACUCGCAGCCUGAUGUGGAUCAACAAGGAGAUGUUCACCUAGGCUGCAAUGUCACAGGAUAUUCUUCUGAAACAUCAGCAGUGGACAAAUUAUAACUGUCUACACACAAGAAUAAAAAUGCCAAGCCUUAAUGUAGAUACAAUUGAGUUGAAAUUGCACAGUGUGGUAUUAGUAAUGAAAACAUUAGAAGCUGAUAUGGAUUUGUUUGUCCUGACAAUUUAAUGUGGGGAUUAAUCCAGUUAUUUUAAAACAGAUAAAAGUAUUUGAUACAAAUGCAUUUGAGACAUAUUCGUUAUUAAUAUCAUUUAACGCGGUUUAAACUCCAGUAUCUCCAUAUUCUUGGAAAGAUUUACAAAGUAAGGAGGGUGCAUUUCAGUGUGAAAUUUCUGUAAGCUGUCUUAACAAAGCAAACAAAUGUAUCUUAUACAGACGCAGUGCUGAUAUGGUACAGCUCUGCUGUGUGUUGAGAGAAAUGCAUAAAUAAUUCCUUAUGGACAGCCGUUUAAGUUACCAACACAAAUAAAGUUCACUGGACACGCA